AUGGCUUCCCAGUUACAUUUUUUGGACAUCAAGGGAAAGCCCCUCCUCUCCCGAGACUAUAAGGGAGAUAUCCCAUCAAACACGAUAGAAAACUUCCCUCUCAUUCUCUUGGAAUUGGAGAGCACGGACGACGAUUCUCUUUACAAGCCGUACUACAAUAAAAACGGAAUCAACUAUGUUUACAUCAACCACAACAAUUUGUAUGUGUGUGCCUUAACUCGCAAGAAUGAAAACAUCAUGACCAUCGUCAUCUUUUUGUCGCAAGUUAUCGAGGUCCUCACGCUGUACUUCAAGAGCUUGGAAGAAGAGUCGAUACGCGACAACUUUGUCAUAACGUAUGAGCUCUUGGACGAAAUGAUGGACUUCGGCGUCCCUCAAACGACGGACACAAAAAUACUAAAAGAGUAUAUCACGCAAGAUUACUACAAAUUAAUAAAAAAUGCUCCUUCCAGGCUCAUACAACCUCCAAAUGCAUUGACCAAUGCCGUGAGUUGGAGGAAAGACGGCAUAGUCUACAAGAAAAACGAGGCGUAUUUGGACGUGGUCGAAUCCAUUAACAUGCUCAUCAAUGCAAAGGGUCAAGUUCUCAACAGCGAAAUAUUGGGCGAGGUGAAGAUGAAGUCGAAGUUGAGUGGCAUGCCUGACCUCAGAUUGGGCUUAAAUGAUAAGGGAAUUUUUUCAACCAACUUGGACGAUGACACGGCGUCGGAGUCUGCGCCUGGCUCUAAGAAGUUAGAGAUGGAAGACAUCAAAUUCCACCAAUGCGUACGGUUAUCCAAGUUUGAAAACGAACGGAUCAUUACUUUCAUCCCUCCUGAUGGAGAAUUCACUGUCAUGUCCUACAGAUUGCUGUCAGCACAAUUUUUAAUGAAGCCUCUCAUAUUGGUCAAUUGCAAGACCGUUGUCCACAAACAUUCGAGGAUUGAAAUCAACUGUUCUGUGAAAGCGCAGAUCAAGAAAAAGUCUACAGCGAACAACGUGGAGGUCAUCAUUCCCCUUCCUGAAGAUGCAGACACACCCAAGUUUGUUCCCGAGUACGGUACCAUAAAGUGGAUCCCUGAAAAAUCUUGUUUGAUUUGGAAGCUCAAGACCUUUCCCGGAGGCAAGCAGUUUCAUAUGAAGGCCGAGUUAGGGUUGCCGGCAGUUACUGACGAGGAGAAUCUAGUUCCAAAGAAACCCAUCAAAGUCAAAUUUUCAAUACCUUACUUCACCACUUCUGGGAUCCAAGUGCGCUACUUGAGAAUCAAUGAGCCAAAGCUCCAGUACCAGUCAUACCCCUGGGUUCGUUACAUCACUCAGUCCGGCGAAGACUACACAGUGAGAACAAGAUGA